CUGCUGUUACUCCGUCUUCAGCUUAGAAUAACUACUUUCCUGCGGUCUUCACUUGUUUGUGGGAGAAAAUAGCUCGCUUUAAAGUGUUCUUCUCUACCUCAGGUGCUUCGACAUGGCGGGGAACUUCUGGCAGAGCUCUCACUAUCUGCAGUGGGUUCUGGACAAACAGGAUCUGAUGAAAGAGCGACAGAAGGACCUGAAGUUCCUCACAGAGGAGGAGUACUGGAAGCUGCAGAUCUUCUUCGCCAACGUGAUCCAGGCUUUGGGUGAACAUCUGAAGCUGAGGCAGCAGGUCAUCGCCACUGCGACGGUUUACUUUAAACGCUUCUAUGCCAGAUAUUCUCUGAAAAGUAUUGAUCCGGUGCUCAUGGCUCCUACCUGUGUUUUUCUGGCUUCCAAAGUUGAGGAAUUUGGAGUCGUGUCCAACACCAGGCUGAUCUCUGCAGCUACAUCUGUGUUGAAAACACGAUUUUCCUACGCCUUUCCAAAGGAGUUCCCCUACAGAAUGAAUCAUAUACUAGAAUGUGAGUUCUACCUUCUGGAGUUGAUGGACUGCUGCCUGAUCGUGUACCACCCCUACAGACCCCUGCUGCAGUACGUCCAGGAUAUGGGACAGGAGGACAUGCUGCUGCCUCUGGCCUGGCGAAUCGUGAACGACACAUACAGGACAGAUCUGUGUCUGCUCUACCCUCCCUUCAUGAUCGCCCUGGCUUGUCUACAUGUCGCCUGUGUGGUGCAGCAGAAAGAUGCCCGGCAGUGGUUUGCUGAGCUCUCCGUGGACAUGGACAAAAUCCUGGAGAUUAUUCGUGUCAUUCUCAAGCUCUACGACCAGUGGAAAAACUUUGACGACAGAAAGGAGAUCGCUGCUGUUCUAAACAAGAUGCCAAAACCCAAACCACCUCCCAACAGUGAAAGUGAUCAGAGCUCCAACGGGAACCAAAGCAACUCCUACAGUCAGUCUUAGCACCACGUCUGCAUUUCCAUGACGUCGGAUCUUCUUAACAACACGACUUCUUUCUGCAGCUUCACAGAGACGUCCGAUCAUCUGCGACAGACUCUGAGUGUCGUGUGGAUUACCGACCAAGCGGCAACAAAGUCCGGCGGCGUUGUCUCCGUUCGGCUCCGACUUGAAGCUAAAAAACUGAGAAACUUUGUGGGGAGGGGAUCGGAGGGGGAAACGUUUCGGACGAUGAUCCUGACAUCCUUGAACUUACCAGAGGAAACUUGAUUGCAGUUACUGUGUGCAUUUUUGCGUCGAAUAUGUGUGAAUGUUUGUCUGUUGUCGGGCGGGUUUUCAUUCCUCAGGGAUCCAAAAUCUGAUUGGAUGAGCAGCUGUGAUGCGAUGAGAGGCUCCUCCCUCACGUCUCCUCCUUCUUUACUGUAAAUAGCCUUAUUUUUUAUUUCUUUUUUUUCGUUUUUGGCGUAAUUAUGGAAACUUUACUAGAAAUCAUGAGCUGGUUUAGCUUCACGUGCCUGCUGCUGCGUUUUCAUUUCUUUUUUCACUCUGCUCUAGUCAUAAAACGGGGGUGUCAAACUCAUCUUAGUUCACAUUCAGCCCAAUUUAAUCUUAAGUGACCAGUAAAAUCACAGCAUAAUAGCCGAUAAAUAACCACAACUCCAGGUUCAGCCUUUGUUUUAGUUUUGUGUUGGACAGAAAACGACAAAAACGAGAAACAAAAUGAUGAGACAAAAAUGAGAUACAAAAUGACAAAAACAAGACAAAAUGACAAAAACAAGACACAAAAUGACAAAAACGAGACACAAAAUGACAAACGAGACAAAACGUCAAAAACGAGACACAAAAUGACAAAAACGACGACAAAAAAGAGACAAGACGACAAAAAUGAGAUGCCAAACAACAAAAAAGGCAAGACAGCAAAAACGAGACAAAAUGACAAAAACGAGACAAAACAGAAACGAGACACAAAAUGACACACAAACAAAAAAAGGAGACAAAAUGACAAAAAUGAGACAAAAUGACAAAAACAAGAAACACGACAAAAACAAGACACAAAACGAUAAAAAUGAGAAACAAAAUGACAGAACAAUGAGCAGUCUAGUAUUUUACUGUCAUGGUCUAGAAAUGAUUUUAAAUUUAUAGUUUUACUAAUUUACAAUCUGCAGUUAAUGUCUUCUCUGGAAUUUUUACACUUUGAGGGACGGAUUGGACCCUCUGGAGGGCCGCUUUUGGCCCACGAGCCGCAUGUUUGACACCCCUGUAAAAUAAUGUAUUAAAACUUUUUUUUUUUUAAAUCAUGGAGAAACACCACUUUUCUUUGGUUCUUCUUCUUGAUCCGCCUCCUCUCUGGAGUCGUUUGUUUCCGUUCACCCGUAGACGUGUCCGUGUUUCUGUGACGUUGUGAUUCUGUGUGUGCAAAUAGAGGUGCUCGGAAACAGAAACGCUGCCGGUUGCCUAGGAAACCCUUGGUUUAGGAGCACGUCGUCCAUCCAGGUGAGCUGCAGCUAAUGCUUUACUCUGAGCGUUACUUGAAGGUGGGUUCUGGUAAUAAAAUGAUCGGUGUGCACAACA